AGCAUCACAUCGUAGCGGAGGCGACCGUCUGGUGCUGGGGACGGGAGUGGCCCGCCCCUCCAUCCUUGGUCGGAGGGACUUGUUUGUGAGAUUCGGAGAGCAGGAGAAGGCUGCUCUAGAGGAGUUUGAGUUCCUGUGUGACUUCUCCACAUCCCUCUCUGACUUAGGGUCACAGGACUUAGGUGCGUCGAAUGUUUCGGGAGACAAAGCCAAUCCUAGUGCUGUAACAACUGAUAGCAGGAGUGCGCUAUCUAAUGUGCCCAAGGCAAAUAAUAAUCCCUUGAAAAGACAGCAAAUAGGCAGUCAUGAAAUAAAGGGCAGAACUCCAAAAAUUGAUUCCAGUUCGAAAAACAGCUUAAAAAGUGAAGUUAGUCCCAAAAAUAAUAUAGCCAGGCCCAAAAAUGAACGAAGUGCGAAGAGUGACUUGACUGUAAGUGAACGGGAAGAUCCUAAAAAUGACGUAAGUGUUAACGAACGCGAGGACCGUUGUCCUGGUGGCAAUAUUCAGGAAGGUGUGGAUACGAGAAGUCUCUGUAGUGUAAGGAGUGCUAUACGUCAGCUCAACAAGUUUAAUCACAACUCAGGAAUUAAGCAACCUGCCACUACAUCAGCUAUACCAGCUAGAAGUGCUUCCAGUACAACCUGUAGCAGAGUAAUCCCCAAUAAAUCCAGUUCCAGUACCAGUGCAAACAGACCAAAGGUUUGGAGCCAAGCCAAGAAUAAAGUGAGCGACGGUACCCCCAGCGGAGCACCCAAGUGUAGUGCAAGACAGGUGAACCCACCAAGCAGAACGCCAUCUCCUCAGCUUACCUCCAAGGACAACCGAGUCACCAGCAGCAAGUCGGUGGGUCAGGUGCAAAAUUCUGGCGACAGAUUACAUGGCAACUUGAAAACGAGCUCUCCCACGCGUAUCCCACGUAUCCAAACACCUCACAUGUCUUCCAAGAAAUCAUCAAGAGCUGAGUCUCCAAAAGCCCUCAAAGAAGAUACUCCUUCCUCCAAAGAUGCUGGUGAAUCCUCUAGAAAGUCCAAAGCCCCGUGUGAUAAGGCACUGCCACCCAAAGGGUUCUCCAGCAGAGCAGUCAAGCCUUCUGCAUGUAUUCGUUCAAACCUUGCACGGAGGCAGCAACAGCAGCAGCCACAGCAGCCACCUCAGCAGCAGCAGCAACAACAGCAACAGCAGCAGUCUGUCAGAAGUGGCAUCAGGAGUCCAAGACUAGCCAGGCUGAAGAAAUCCUCAGACCCUCUCGACUCUUUCUCUAGCAAGUCCAUGUGUGACAGCGGGUCCAGUGAGGGCUCUGAGCGGUGCGGGGGGAGGCUCUCCCUCAGCGACUCCUGUGCAGAAAACUUCUCACCGAUAGACAGUGGAGAUGAGGUUUUUGAGAAGGAGGGCUGACGGGCUCCUCAACCCAUGAAAAUAGAUUUACUGCUACUUUUUCCUUGCCAGAUAUGGUGCUUUGGAAUUAUUUAAAGGGAGCACUUGAAUAAAAAGUUUACACAUUUGCAGUGUGCAUGAUGGCCGAUAUGAUCUUUAUAUUUCUAUAAGUUGCAUUGGGGUUAUUUAUUCCUAUUAAUUUAUUUUUUCCCUGUUGAAAUGCCCUUGGAUAUUGCACAUUCCGAAUAUUUGUGACCAUGACAAUAUUCAGAGUAACAUGCAUUUAUUAACAUUAUUCCAGAUAUUUAUAUGUAAACUUUUUUUUGUUUUGUUUUGUUUUUGUUGUUCAUGUAACCCUUUGGAGCUAGUGUCUUCCACGGUCUUCUCACUACUAAUAUGCUUCUGCUUCCCAGGCUCUCAUGUGGAAGGUUUGCCUAAAGCAACGAACAAAGGUAUCAGUGGCUUUACCAGAUUUAAAUAGGUCAUGAUAGAGUAUCGAAAGAUUAAUUAACAGGCUGAAUGGCGUUAAAUGAUGCUGUUCGUCAGCAGCAAGAGCAAAUGCUAGUCACUUCGGAGUAGGGUAAAUAUUUAGGGGUUAGGGAGGUGCAAGUAUGUAUCUCAAUUCAGGAUGCAUUUAUGCAAUAAUUGCCCUAAGUGUUACAUGCAUUUAACUACCUUUUUUGAUAACGUGGAUCCCUUGAUGUUGAGUGUGAACUACUGACUAGAAGGAGGGUAUGGUUAAGUUGUGACCGUGAAUGCUUGCAUUUGCGUUGCAAGUUUUGCAUUGAGUAUCUGUCAUGAGCAUUCUGUAUUUAUAAUUGAAAAAGUGUUUCCAGAUGCCACUGUACUUGAUUUUGCAAUCCUUUAUUGCUUCAAGAAUAACAGAAGGGCUUCAUAGUACAUGACCGUUGCAUUGCAUUAUUGUGUAAAGAGAUUACCAAAUGGUGCAUUACAUUUCUUGCAGCAGUACAAAUUGGUUUUACUCUGGUAUAUGCAAAUUUAGUUGCCUUCCAAUGCCUCAACAUUAGAGCUUUUCAUAGGAUGCAGUUUUAUUGCUUUCUUUGACAAAGCCUUUCAGCAAAUACCGUGCAUUGAUAUAAUGAAACAUGAUCAAAAAGUGACAAGAAAAUACACGAUAAUCCACUUUGGUUAAUUGUGCUACUCUGUUCAUGAAUAGUGUGUAGAAUGAGUUUCUGAACGUCUUCAGGUUUGUUACUACAUUACACAAAGAUGAAUUUAUUUUGGUAUUUUUUCAUACGUUUAGAUACAAGAGAGAAGAGUGAAGUGCGCUAUGAACCUUUUUAAUGUGAUUAUUUGCAGUGAAAAUGAAGGGGGUAGACUUUCCGUUUUUCUACUGUUUUCCUUUCAUUUCUGUGUAGACAGGAAGUUGCAAAGGACCCGUGGCUCACCUUUGUGCAGACUCAGAUUUACACAUCCUGCUUUCCCUCAAGUAGUAGCUAGCCCAAUUCAAUGUCACGAUUCAAAACAUCCUUGAAGGUAGAUCUCAAAUACUUUAUAAUGAAAUGUUAUGGAAUAAUAAACAAGAGAAGUGCGUUUCAUAUGUAAUUAACUGUUGUAAGAUAGUAUGGCUACUAGUGUACAUAGAUUUUGUAGUUUCCUAAUUAUUACACCAAUAUAGUCAACAUUUCUGC